AUGUUCUCUUCGGCUUUCAAGUCGAUCUCCUCCACCAACAUCACCGCAAACUAUUCCAUCUCCCAAAAUUCGACAUCCACCGCCGGGCCCUGGAAGAUUUACGACUGCAAGAAGAAGUCCACCGGCAAGGCCUACAGCGUCUUUGUCUUCGACAAGAAGUCCCUCGACAGCCAUGGCAACUCGCUGAGCCGCAGCAGUGCCAGCGCGUUCAAGCGCACGACCGAGGAGGUUGUCGAGCGUCUGAAGAAGGAGGCCUCGAGUCUUGCCAAACUACGACACCCGAGCGUGCUCGAGCUCGUCGAACCUGUGGAGGAGACGCGAAGUGGAGGCUUGCAGUUCGUGACCGAGGCUGUGACGGCGUCGCUCGCAAGUCUGCUGCAGGACAAGGAUGAUCAGGAACGGUCAGGCGGGGUUGGUGGCCGCUCGAGCCGAUAUGUGACGGAGGAUUCGGAGGGCGUUCGGAGGCGGCGCGAGCUCGAAAUUGAUGAGCUUGAGAUCCAAGAGGGACUGCUGCAGAUCAGCAAGGCACUCGAACUGUUCUCCUCCUCAUCAACGAUUCCGUCUUCAUCCAAUAAGUUCUUGGCAUCCAGAAACUUGCCAAAGGACCUGUCGGCUCACGUCUUGCCGCGCCUCAUCACUCGACGGCCGGCGCAGCGCAUGACGGCCAAGGAGUUCCAGGACAGCGAGUAUUUUGACAACAUACUGGUCUCCACGAUUCGCUUCCUCGAUGCUUUCCCCGCCAAGACGCCCAAUGAAAAGGCGCAGUUCAUGCGGGGCUUGAAUAAAGUCCUGCCGUCUUUUCCCAAGUCGGUCAUGGAGAAGAAGCUGCUGCCGGCAUUGCUCGAGGAGAUGAAAGACAAAGAGCUCAUCUCUUUGAUUCUUCAGAACAUCUUCAAAAUCAUCGAGUUGUUGCCGACGGCAAAGCGUGCUUUCAGCGAAAGCGUUCGGCCGAGGCUUAAGGAGAUUUUCGUGUCGACCGGCAAGAAAGAAGCAGAGCCGCCAAAAGAUCCAGCCAAGGAUGCCGGUCUCAUGGUCGUCCUCGAGAACAUGCCCGUCAUUUCGAGCAAUUGCGGCGGCAAGGAGUUCACCGACGCAAUUGAAUCAGGGACUCCGGCUGUUGUUGAUGCGGCUCUGAGAGGGCUGCCUGCCAUCCUCGCGGUGCUCGACUUCAGCACGAUCAAGAACGAACUCUUCCCGGUCAUCGCCAUGGUCUUCAGUAAAACGAACAGCCUGGCCAUUAAGGUGCGCGGUUGUCAGGCGUUCGUGGUGCUGUGCGGCGGGUCGAACGAUCCGUCGAAUGACGGCCUGGGCGACUUCAGUGCCGAGAGAAAGAAGACGACGUCAUCCUCCAGCGCUCUGGACAAGUACACAAUGCAGGAAAAGAUUGUGCCCCUGAUCAAUUUCAGGGCUUCAUGGAUCUCAUCAAAAACCCUGUCGAAGCGCGUAGAGGACGAGCAGACCAAGAAGCUACAGGAACUGAACGGCAACGCGAAUGGCAGCACCGUUGGACCAGAAGACUUCAUGGCCUUCGGCGGCGUGACAGGCACGACUUUUGACAGCAACACCAACGGUGCGUCGGAGAACGACUUUGAACAGCUCGUCAAGGGCAAAGUCACGAGCUCCACCUCGGGCGACUCGUUUGCGAGCUGGGACGACGCCCCCGUGCCGUCGGCCAUCACGACGUCAGCCCGUCCGUCGAUGGGGUCUCGAUCCAGCACACCCAAGGCUGCCGCCUUUUCGUGGUCGACACCCAGUCCGCCGCAAACGACGGCUGCGCCUGGCGCAAGCGCAACCGACGUUCCGCACUGUGACGCCGGACCUGAGUGGAUUCCAGUCGAUGACUCCUUCGACGACGCAGUUCUCUCAGCCGAUGCAACCCGCCUGCAGCAGCAACAACAGCAGCAACAACAGCAGCAGGGCGUCGCCGCAGCGCCAGUGAACUGGGCGUCGGCGGGCAAUUCGGCGACGCAGUCCAACCCAUGGGCAUCGUCGCCGGCCCCGUCGUCGUCAGGCCUCGGGGCCAUGAGCGCUUCGAUGGGGAGUCUGUCCAUGGGUGGCGGCGCGAGGCCGGGCAUGGGGUCCUCACAAGGAUCAUUCUCACUUCCGCCGCCACCGGGUGGUGGCAGCGGCAUGAUGGGGUCGUCGGGAUUCAGUCUCGCGCCGCCGCCGAAGCAGCAGCAGGCUGCCCCGGUGAACCGGUCGGCGAGCGGCAUGGGUGGUAUGGGCAUGGGCGUGAUGGCUCAGCAGGGGGCGAACUCGAUGAACUCGAUGGGCUCGAUGGGCUCGAUGGGCUCGAUGGGCUCGAUGGGCUCGAUGAACUCGAUGAACUCGCUGAACUCUAUGAAUGCAAUGGCAGCGAGGCCCGGCAUGGGCAUGGGCGUGGGCUCUGGAGCGAGCAUGAACAGCAUGAUGGGAACAGCUCAGCAGCAGCAUCAACAACAACAGCAAACACAGCAACAGCAGGCAAAGCCUGGUUUGGAUAAGUACCAGAGCCUGAUAUGA